AUGUCGGACGUCAAGGACACUUACCAGGAGGAUGACGCGGAACAUGAGCCUCUGCCUACGCGUGACUGGAGCGUUGCAGAAGAGAAGAAGGCCAAAAGAAAACUAGACCUGAUUAUUAUGCCUCUUCUCACGCUUGGUUUCUUUUGCUUGCAGCUCGAUCGUGGCAACAUAGCCAAUGCAAUUACAGAUAACUUCAUGGAAGACAUCAAUAUCACGCAAGAUCAGUUCAAUGUAGGACAACAGAUGCUGUCUCUCGGCAUUGUCUUGUUCGAGAUCCCAGCCAACAUGGCUCUAUAUCGCGUUGGACCUGGCCUUUGGCUCACAUUACAGCUCUUUCUCUUUGGCACUGUUAGUACCUUUCAGGCAUUCCAGACCAACUAUGGAUCCUUCAUUGCAACGAGGUUUCUGCUGGGGUUGACAGAAUCGGGUUUCAUUCCUGGUGGGCUCUGGACAAUGUCCACGUGGUACACACGCUCGGAAACCGCAAAGCGGGUGAUGAUUUUCUACUUCGGCAAUCAAUUCGGUCAGGCCUCUGCAAAGCUACUUGCCUAUGGUAUUUUGCAUAUGCGUGGUGUCGGGGGCAAAUCCGGCUGGUUCUGGCUCUUCACGCUCAUGGGCGGUUUCACAAUACUCAGUGGCGUUGUUCUAGGAUUCUUCCUGCCCGAUUCCUUCAAGAAGCCGUGCCCGACAUUUCUCCCCAAGUGGCAAAUGUUCACCGAUAGAGAGAUCUAUAUCCUCCGCAGUCGCGUGCACAUCGACGAGCCAGCUAAAAGCCGGAAGAAGAAGAGCAUUGGCCUCGGUGCUUUUAAAAAGGCGGCAAUUUUCAAACUGGCGCAUGUGCGGGCUUUUGAUACCUAUGCUCCUUCUAUUGUUAGAUCUUUUGGGUUUGGACAGCUCAGGUCUAACGCUAUGGCCGCCGUUGGUCUUUUCAUACAGAUCCCCGUCUCUUUUACAUUUAGCUGGUUCUCAGAUCGCUUCGGUCGACGAGGUGAAACUGUCAUGCUCGGUUUCACUUGCCAUUUGAUUGGGUACAUUUUCAACCGUAUCUUCGCUGAGCUAGACAGUCGCGGCGUACGGUACUUUGGUGUAGUGUGGACGCAGACAUUUGGCACCUUCUCGCAUCCCCUAAACAUUACCUGGAUGUCUCUAACUUGCACGGACUCUGAGGAGCGUGCUCUUGCAAUGGCUUUAGUAAUCAUGGGCGCAAACAUCGCUGGCAUUUACGGCGCGCAGAUCUUCCGUGAAGACGACAGACCUCAAUAUCGUCGGGGUUUUUCAGUCGCGUGCGCUAUACUUGCUUUUGGUCUAGUCCUAGCCUUAGUACGCUAUAUUGAUAGUAAGAUUUGUAGGCUAGGAAAGAAGGCUUGUGCAAAGGAUCUAAUUGAGUAA